AUGGCUGACAAGAACCAAACCGUCCAAACGACGCCAACGGACAACCUAUUGGCGCCGUACGUCCGCGUAACAGAAGCCGACAGGUUGCCAUACACGCCCCGCGUCCGCCUCUGCAUGGCAGCCUCGCCACGCCUGUCAACAACCCUCCCCUAUGACAUCGACUUCCACCUCGAGCGAGACGACGACGACCCCAGGCCCUGCAUGAUCAUAUGGAGCUCCGGCCUCGACAUCCUCAUCCGCUCCAACCUCCUCCUCUUCCGCCACGUCACCGGCGCCGACGGCCGCCCGGGGCUCGAGAGGGUGGAUGUCGGCCCCGAUCCGAGGGUUAGUUUGAGGACCCCGGACGCGGAGGUGGAGGAGGAGCUGCCGAAGUUGGUUUUGCCGGGUGGGAGUCGGUCGGGGUUUGUAGUGGAAACGGAAGCGGUGCCUUGGCCUGGGCGGGAGGAACACGAGGCCAGACUGGGGUUUACGAGCGCAAAUAAUGCGGAGCGGGUUUGGCGAUGGGGCGAAGCGGAGAAGAGGCGCGCACCAGAUCCUAUUAAACCUUCCGAGAGAGUACAAGGGGCACCUAACCUGGUCAUCACGCUGGACUGCCCUCAGGCAUUGGCUUUGCAUAAAUCUCGCCCGGGCAGUACGACCUUUGAGAUUGGCGCUAGGGUGACUUACGACGCCCCGGCAUCUGAAAGACCCAUCACGUUCGCACAUCGAAGUGCACGCGAAGGCUAUGAGCUCUACAAGCACCAUGACUUGGACGAAGGUAGCGAUGAGCAGGAAUGGCAAACUUGCGAGAUGGAUGACGACGAGGAAGGGUAUAGAAUAUUCGAUUCCGACGGGCCGGAUAUCAAGGUUCGAGUUCGCGAUCAGAGUGAGUUCAUCAGCUUACGUCCAGGGGAGUCCUGGACCACGACAUAUCAGCUCCAAACGACAACAUACACGAUUCUUCCGAAGGAUGUCAAGGCCGGCGAUAGAUUCCGCUACCAGUUCCUGGGCGCGGCCAAUGUGGAUUGGUGGGACUGGGGUCAUAUCGAGGAUGAGCAUGCUGAGACGGUCGUGAGCUUGCCGCCCUGGAGGGGGCGAGUAGUUGAGCCCAAGGACAAUGGAGGGCGGCCAAGAUUGGUGGUUCCUGGUUCAGACGCUGUCGAAUUUCGAGUUGUCGGCUGA